CUGACUGACAAUGCCGCAGAAGUCGGUAUUUCGGGCAAGUACGGUGUGAGGUACGGCGCUUCCAUCCGUAAGCAACUCAAGCGCCUGGAGAUACGGCAACACGCUCGUUACACCUGCGCGUUCUGCGGUAAAUUCUCCGUUAAGCGCGUGUCUGCAGGCAUCUGGGAGUGCCAUCGCUGCAAGAAGACCAUGACCGGAGGAGCCUACCAACUCUCAACUCUCGCUGGUGCGAGCGCCCGAUCCACUCUUCGCCGCCUGCGCGAGAUCCAUGAGGGCUGCAUGCAACCCUGCUAA